GACUUCUUCAGUCCAGUAUUCGUUUGACGUUUGUUCAGUUCGGUUUGCGAGACGAUAGUGAAAGUGUUAUAACACACUCUCAGUGGGGGUCGUUGUGGUGUGGUGUGACAACAGAUCGUCUGAAUUGAAAAUAAAAAAGAUCUGCAACAACAACAAAAAGAGCGAACAUAUUAAUCAAGUUUAAUAAAUUGGCAACUUGUGUGAAGAGAAAAAAAAAAAGAAAAUAAAACAAACAAAUUGAAAUCUGAAUUCAAAAUGCUACGUCACUUGCAAAACAAACCAUCCGCCGGUCGUGCCUCAACUUUGUUGUUACAACAGUGGCAACAAAGCUGUUGCUACCACAGUGAAAAGGGUGUCUUCGGUUACAAACCCCGAAAACCAAGAGAAUUUAAAGUUCCGGAGGAUGUGGUACAGUCGAGAAAUGCCCAAGGUAAUGUGUACCGUUGGGUGGAAGCUUAUCGCAAAUAUGGUCACAAAUUGGCAGCCGUAAAUCCCAUCAGCAUUAAAAGUCAACAAAGUUUUUUGGAAGAAUUAAAUCCAGUAUUUUAUGGCCUUCAAAGUAAGGAGUGUGUCAAACCACAGGGCAUUUUUAAUGCACCGGAAUUGGCUAGUCCUACAACAACUGUGGAGGAAUUGGAGAGAUUACUAAAAGAGAUUUACUGCGGCAAUACUGUCAGUGCUGAAUUUGGAUAUGUUGAGAAUUUGGAAGAACGUGAAUGGUUGGCCGUGCAUUUCGAAAAGCUUCGCUCCGAGUGCCAGCAGUAUCUCAGCAAUGACAAUCGCAAACAAAUCGCUGAAUUAUUAAUAAAGUCACAGGCUUGGGAUAAUUUUAUGGCCACGAAAUUUCCAACGGUUAAGCGUUAUGGCGGCGAGGGUGCCGAAAGUUUAUUAGCAUUCUUCUGGCAAUUAUUGCGCAAUAGUGUACAAGAUGAUCUUGAACACGUUGUGGUUGCUAUGCCCCAUCGUGGACGAACAGCCCUACAAACCAUACUCCUGCAAAUGAGGCCGGUAAAAGUUUUCCACAAACUCAGUGGCGAAUCGGAAUUUCCAGAUGGUUGCCAGGCGAUGUCAGAUGUAAUAAGUCAUUUUCAUAUCUCCGAAGAUUUACAAGUUGAUGGCAAAACCAUACAUUUGAGCAUGGUUAGGAAUCCUUCACAUUUAGAGGCUGCCAAUCCCGUGGCAAUGGGUAAAACACGUUCCAAACAGCAAACGCUUAAGGAUGGUGCUUUCAGUGACGAGGCUGGGAAGCCAUUUGCCUCAUCGGCCUUGAACAUUAUUCUACAUGGUGAUGCUGCCUUUGCGGGUCAGGGUAUCAAUCAAGAAUGCUUGAAUAUGGCCUAUGUUCCCCAUUUUGAGGUGGGUGGUAGCAUCCAUUUGAUUGUCAACAAUCAGGUGGGCUUCACAACACCCGGUGAUAGAGGUCGUUCCACAGACUACACAUCGGAUUUGGCAAAGACGAUUCAGGCUCCAGUAUUCCAUGUUAACGGCGAUGAUCCUGAAAUGGUGGCCUUGGUGACAAAACUGGCCUUUGAUUAUCAACGUCAAUUCCGCAAGGAUGUUUUCAUCGAUAUGAACUGUUUCCGCCGCUGGGGUCACAAUGAGCUGGAUGAUCCCACUUUUACCAAUCCCAAAGUUUAUAGUAUUAUUAAUAAUCGCAAAUCCGUUCCUGAUUUGUAUACUGAAAAAUUAAUACAACAAUCCGUGCUAAGCCCAGAGGAGGCAACCAACAUCCGCUCACAAUACAUGGCCUAUCUGAAUGAGGAAUUGUUGUUGGUGCCGAAAUACAAACCCGAACCAAACUAUUUCCAAAAACAAUGGAAGCACAUAACCACAGCGUCUAGUGAUGCGAUAACCUAUUGGGAUACAGGCCUCGAUUAUGGUCUGCUCAAUUAUAUUGGACAACAAAGUGUGGCAUACCCAGAAGGCUUUAAAGUUCACCCACAUCUAAAGAAGACCCACAUCGAUGGUCGUCGCAAAAAACUCAAUGAGGGACAGAAAAUCGAUUGGGCAACGGCCGAAGCCUUGGCCCUUGGCAGCCUCAUGUAUCAAGGGUACAAUGUACGCAUUAGUGGUGAGGAUGUUGGACGUGGCACCUUUUCACAUCGUCAUGUCAUGUUGGUCGAUCAGGAGAGCAAUGAAAUGUUCAUACCUUUGAAUGGUUUGAACGAGGGUAAAUCGGGCAAAUUGGAAGUGGCUCACAGCAUCCUCUCCGAAGAAGCUGUACUGGCCUAUGAGUACGGCAUGGCAAUUGAUAAUCCCGAUAAUCUGAUUAUUUGGGAAGCACAAUUUGGUGAUUUUGCCAAUGGGGCACAGAUAAUCAUCGAUAAUUUUAUUGUUUCCGGUGAAACAAAAUGGAUGGAUUCUAACGGCCUGGUAAUUCUCCUGCCUCAUGGUUAUGAUGGAGCUGCCUCCGAGCAUAGUUCCUGUCGCAUCGAACGUUUCCUUCAGCUGUGCGAUUCGAAGGAAACCGCUCCCGACAGCGAUAAUGUCAAUGUACAAAUUGUUAAUCCCACGACCCCGGCUCAAUAUUUCCAUGUCUUGCGCAGACAAUUGGUACGCAAUUACCGUAAGCCCUUGGUGGUGGUUGCUCCAAAAAUAUUGCUACGUCUAUCGGCUGCCACAUCCACCUACAAGGACUUUGAGCCAGGUACCCAAUUUCUGAAUGUUUUGGGUGAUACGACUAGUGUUCGACCGGAUGCUGUGAAGCGGGUCAUAUUGUGUUCGGGCAAACAUUACUAUGCCCUCGACGAGGUUAGACAAUCGAAGAAUUUACAAGAUACUGCCAUAAUAAGACUGGAAUCGUUGUGCCCGUUCCCCACCUAUGAACUGCAAAAGGAAUUGGAGAAAUAUAAAAAUGCCAAAACUUUCAUCUGGGCCCAGGAAGAGCAUCGCAAUAUGGGUGCAUGGACAUUCGUUCAGCCACGUUUUGAAAAUCUGUUGGGACAAAAGCUUGUGUACUGUGGACGUGUUGAGGCGCCAACAUCUGCAACUGGCAUUGGCAAAGUGCACAAACGUGAAGUUGAGGAAAUUUUACAGAGACCCUUUCAACUGUAAUGCAUCCCAACAACGACCACAAUAACGAUGCCGAUGUUGACGAUAACGAUGAAGACACGAGUAGUAAAUGAAUACUAAAACAGCGAACUGACCACCAACUACUAUUCCCAACCAGAAACCAACAAAGACAACACCAGUAAGAAAAACACAUUCAUUCACGGCAAGGCAACAAGCCAACAAGCCAACAAGCAUUCAGGCUGGCAGGCCAUCAACAAGCAUUCCAUGGAGCACAAACAUCCAGCCGCACAGAUACAUACACUAUCCCACACACACACACACACACACAAAGGGACAAAUGCAUUCAAGUGUAGUGGUUUCCUUUAACAUCUACAUCAUUGUGGCUGGCAACGUUUUUGUUAAAAGGAAAUUUAAUAAAUAUGAAGCAAGACGAAGCCGAACAAGAAAGACAAACUGAAUACAAAUAGGUGGUAGGUAGAUGGAGCAGCGAUUCAUUUGUUGGUAUCAUCACCAUCAAGCAUACCGCCCUGGAAGUCAUACCAAUAUUCAUUUUCAAAAAACGGAUGCAACCCUGACAUUGUUCCAAAUAAAAUAAGGAUGUUGCCUGCCCGACUGUUGGACGGUCACCCAGUUAGCCAGCUUGCCUGAUUUAAUGUUGUGUUUUUGUUAUUGUAUAAACUGCCAUAAAAAGAUAAUAAUUUUUUAAUAGCUUCUUCUAUGAUUUUGCUCAAACCCGUAACCAUAAAAGGACGGAAGCAAACGGGAAGGAAUUGAGUUGUCUUGCUUUCAGGGAAAGUUUUUUUAUACCCUACAACACUAUGU